AUGGAUGUCAUCACUGGUGAAGAGGGAGGGUGUGUCACCGUUCGAGCAGUGGUCACGCGUCAACGGAACCCGAGGAAAGAAACGUCAGCAUCACCAUGCCAGGAACACAUGGCCAUUGACGUCUGCCCCGGCCCCAUCCGACCUAUCAGAAAAUCUCCGCCUACUUCCCCGGCCUUGUCCCCCACCUCUGAGCCCCUCUCCCCCAAACCCACUGGCUUCCCCAUGGUCUCAGUCCUGGCGGCCGCGGCCAGCGGGAUGGGGGGUGGCGGUAGGGGAGGACUCUUGACGCCAUUGCGCCGGGGGGCGAUGGGAGGGGGCGGGGUCUUUGUCGUUACAGAGACAGCAGGCGAAUCUGUGGAGAUCAACAGUUCUGAUAGUGACGACUGCACCGCUUUGGGAACACUGGAGUUUGAUUUGCGGUACGAGCGAGCCUCCAGUCAGCUACACUGCACUAUCCUCAGGGCCAAGGUGACCUCACAGAUACCGUUCACUCACUUCCUAUCUCCAUAUUCGCGUUUGUCAUUGAGGGAGGGUACGUGUAGGGCUAACAAGCUGAAGACAAAGAUAGUGCGGAAUACUCUGAAUCCGGUGUGGAAUGAAAUGCUCACCUAUGUUGGGAUCACAGAGGAGGACAUGCAUAGAAAGACACUCAGGUUGUCAGUGUGUGAUGAGGAUAAGUUGACUCAUAAUGAGUUCAUCGGGGAGUCUCGGGUUCCCCUGAAGCGCGUCAAGCCAGACCAGACCAAACACUUCCACACCUGUCUGGAACACCCACCCCCACUCCCCUCUCCAACCACCAUGGGGACAACCCUCCGAGGGAUCUCCUGCUACUUAAGAGAGAACUUCAGAACAGUGGAGAACGAGCAGCUCCACAGUCUGGAGGAGAGGGGCCGGGUGCUCCUUCUCCCUGCAUUCCUCUCCCCGCUAGACGAGGGCGAGGAGGAGGAGGGGGGGCGGAGAAGGAAGGGGUUGUGUGUCGGGGUGCAGCGCUGCGCUCACCUGCCCGCGCAUGGACGCACGGCUUUCUCAGACCCUAACGUCAAAACAUAUCUGAAGCCCGACACACAGAAGAAAUCCAAACACAAAACGGCUGUGAUUAAAAAGACCCUUAACCCUGAAUUCAAUGAGGAGUUCUUUUAUGAGAUCUCCAUGUCAGAGCUGUCCAAUAAGACUCUGGAGGUCACUGUCUGGGACUACGACUUGGGACGCUCCAAUGACUUCAUAGGUGGAGUGUGCCUGAGCUGUCACUCACAGGGAGACCCCCUCCGCCAUUGGAUGGACUGCCUUAAGAACAAGGGUCAGAGGGUGGAGCGCUGGCACAUACUGACCAAUGAGCUCCCAAGAUCCGUGAGUCAUGAGUAAGGCCACACAUCUCCUAAGACACAAGGCUCAGUCCCAAUUCUUCACCCUUCUCCCUAUGUUGCACACUUCCAGUCUUAAAAUAUGUCAACGGUGGAUACUCCCUCAAGGCAGGUGUGGAGAAUCGGGAUACAGAUCAAAUCAUCCCUCUAGCCCCCUACCACCUAGGAAUUCCUAGAGAUCUGAGAGGAUUGGAUAGAUCAAAAAUAUUGAGGAAGUUCCACCUAGCUUAUCAGAACGCAAGGGGGAAGCCAUGACCAUAUCGAUCUGGAUCCGAUUUCAACCUUUCAGAUCUACUGUAGUGCCUAGGUGGUAGGGGGUAUGGGUCGAUUUGGAACUCAGCGAACAUGAAGCAUAUCUAGGCUCUCUCUAGAGCCCUGUUUAUACCUGGUUCUAACAUGCCUCCCUCUUCCUGAUAUUGUCCUGAUCUUGUCUGUUUACACUUAGA